AUGCCAGAACUGCCGAUGUCACCGAUCGUUGGGUUUUAUCAGCGUCAUAGGCUGAAUAUACUGAGAUCCUCUUAUAUAAUACUGCUUUUUACUACUUUGCACAGUUUAAGUAGUGGUACCGGUGCGAAAGAUGCGAUUCGAAGGAUUGCAAAGGGGAAGAAAAGUCAUGGCGAUUUGAGUGGGAAUGAACCCCUGGAUGAGAGUGCUACUAACGAACAGCAGGAAGAAAAGGAAGUGAUAGAGAGUCAUGGGAAUGACGAGGAAAUGACCGAAGAACAUAUUCAAAAGAGGAAAUUGAAACGGUCUUCGGAUUUCCUUUUAAAAAUCAUUAUGAGGGAUAGGAAGUGUGUAAUGUUGUUCGCAGCACAGGCAUUCUUGCUGGUCAUAAGAACAUUUUUAUCACUCAGAGUGGCUACUUUAGAUGGUAGGUUGGUCUCCACACUUGUUAAAGCUCAAUACUCUCAAUUUCUUAAGAUUUUAUUGGGUCAAUGGAUGCUUUUGGGGAUUCCCGCAAGUUUUAUUAACUCUUUGAUCAGUUAUACCACUAAAUUAUGUUCCAUUUCGAUAAAUAGACGGGUUUCGGUUUUCCUGCUGAACAAAUAUCUCGCUAAUCAUCACGUAUUCUAUUCCGUCGCUGCUUCAGAAACCUCCUCAGAGAUUCAAGAUAAUUUGACUCGUGAUAUCUAUGCAUUUUCCAACAAUUCUUCCUUAUUGCUCAAUCAAUUACUGAAACCCAUGUUGGAUCUUAUCCUUUGUUCUUUUAAGUUGCUGAUGUCCAACUCGAGUAUGAUGGGUGAAGGUACAUUAGCUUUGGGGCUAAUUGUUUACAUCUCAAAUUCAUUCUUGAAGAUGAUUCAACCAAAUUUCACCAAAUUGACCAUGAGAAAAUCCUCCUUGGAAAGUUGGUUCAGAUCAUUGCAUUCGAAUUUACAUCUGAAUAACGAGGAAAUUGCACUGUUAAGAGGUCAAUCGACUGAAUUAACAAACCUCGAUUAUUCCUUCUAUCAAUUAGUGCUUUUCCUCAGUAGAGAAAUCAAGGCAAGAGCAUUGUACGAUUUGGCUACAAGUUUUGUCAUCAAGUAUACAUGGGGUGCUGCUGGUUUAGCGCUCUGUUCGAUACCAAUCUUCUUCAAAAAUAAGACUAGCCCUGAGGUAGAGUCAGAUGUGACAGCAGACUUUAUCACAAAUAGACGUCUGCUGUUGACGGCUUCGAGCUCUAUCGGCAGGUUUGUCGAACUGAAAAGAAACAUUCAGCAAUUGCGCGGUGUAUGGUUACGUUUAAACAAUUUCAAUAUCUUAUUGGAUUCGGCAGAAGGAAGUGAGCCUAGUGAUGAUUAUGAAAAGAAAGAGAAGGGUGAAUUUGAAUACGAUGAUUCGCUAAUUAGAUUUGAGAACGUUCCGUUGAUCACCCCAGCUGAGCAGGUAUUAAUCCCAGAGCUAAACUUUGAGUUAAAGCAUGGAGAUCACCUUCUCAUCAUCGGUCCAAACGGAUGCGGUAAAUCAUCUUUGUUCUUCCGUAUCCUUGGAGGCUUAUGGCCUUUGAGACAGGGCUCUAGGAAGACGAAGACAAAACUAAUAAUGCCACAUCGGUCUCAUGAUAACGAAUGCUCUAUCUUCUAUUUGCCUCAGAAACCACACAUGGGCAGUAAAUCAACUUUCAGAGAGCAAGUGAUCUAUCCCGAUUCAAUUGAACAAUUUGAAAGUAGGUUCAACGGGGACUAUGCUGCUGGAGAUGCGUGCCUAACGGAAAUUUUGCAUAUGCUAGAGUUGGAAGACUUAAUUGCAGAAAAUAUGGCAUUAGCAUUGACUCAAAGGACUUUGAGAAGUAAAGAGGAUAGCGAUGAUCCGACUAUAGUAGACGCGAGAGAAGCCUUUGACAUAACCAGAAAUUGGCCUGAAGAACUUUCAAUCGGUGUUCAACAACGAUUGGCUAUGGCAAGAAUGUAUUACCAUAAGCCCAAAUUCGCCGUGCUCGACGAAUGCACAUCUGCUGUUUCACCCGAAAUGGAACAAAAAAUGUAUGCAACCGCACAACGUUUGCAAAUCUCAUUGAUCUCCGUGUGUCAUAGGACAAGCUUGUGGCAUUUCCAUAAUUAUCUUCUGAAAUUCGAUGGAAAAGGUGGGUAUCAAUUUGGUAAAUUCGACCCUAAGGAAAGGUUGGCUAACGAGGAAAAGCUUUUGGAACUCAAUGCCAUCUUAGAUCAACAGGUACCUGUUUGGGAUAAGAGAUUGAAAGAUCUCACGGUGGCUAGAACUUCCAAUCUCAUAAGGAAAUCACAAACUGACCUCAGGUCUCUUGAAUCUCAACAGAGCAUUGCAUCUUCUGGAAGAUUGUUAUUGUCGAAUCAAGAUAAUGGUGGAAGAGGAGCUGGGAAGAGAUUACCACCACGUCCAUCAAGUCAGGCAAAAGCUGGCUCGAAGCUGUUGAGUAAAGGAAACGAUAUAGAUGCAGGAGGAAAAGACCAGAAAGGCCAACCUUGA